UGUAGUAGUGAUUAAUGACAAAACAAAAACAUAGAAUGUGUUCCAAAGCUACAAAAAGCCUUUUAAAACUUAUUCACAUUAAUAUGUUCCCAUUUCACACUGUCCCAAACUCUGUUUUCUCUCUUUCCCUUCUGCUCUGUUUCUUAGUAGUAAACACAUCUUCUUUCUUAUAAUAAUUAAAACAACAACAACAUGGAAUUGGAUGAAUUGCGUUCAAUCUUGAAGAAUUCAAGUGUGGACUUAUGGAGUUUAAUUGACACAGCCAUUUCUGUAGCUAUUCUUGAUCAUGGAAAUGAGCUUCGCAGUCGAAGAGACGCCAUUGUUGAGAAACUCUAUGCUCCUCUGCUUUCUAACAAUUUUAAUUCUGAUGGAAAUUAUGAAAUCACAAAAAGCAUUGACAGAAAUAUUGAUGAUGAUCACAAGUUAAAAACAGAGGAAAAAAGUAAUGAAGAAGAUGUAGAGAUCAACAAAAUCCUCAGAAUCAAGAACCAUUUUGAAAUCCCAAAUCAGUCUGACAAUUGCUUGGUUGAUCAGCUUCAAAGUCUUGCUGAAAUGGACAUUAAUUUCAAAGUUCUUGAGAAAACGGAUAUUGGAAGGCAUGUAAAUAAACUGCGAAAGCAUUCAUCAAAUGAAGUAAGAAGACUUGUUAAACUACUAAUCAGGAGAUGGAAAGAUAUUGUUGAUGAAUGGGUGAGAUUAAAUACACUAGUGGAAGACACAGAUGGAGCGAAUAUUUCGAAUGGUUCAUCAUCUUAUUACGAUCAUAAGCAUAGCGUAGAGAAGAAGAACAACAUUAGUCCAUCGUCAAAACGCCUACGUGAGGAUUACCUAGAAGAACACUAUGCCAAAAUAGGAAGGAGUAGAGAAGUGGACCUUGAAGACGUAGGCAAACCCAAAAACUCAGUGGUUGCUAACAGCAUUUCUGGAUUUGAAGCAAAAUACUGGUAGACAAUUAAUUCCCCUACUAUAUAGACUGCAAGUGGUACAAACACUUGAUGCAAUUGGGAGAAGCAAAGACUAAAGCUACCAAAUGAUGUACAUGCCAAGUUCUUAUGAGGAUAUAUAUAAUUGGUGUUAUGUAACUUUGUCACCAGUCAUGUACACAUGCAAUGGACUGAGCUAAGUCACAUGACAUUAACUGACUCUAAGAAAGAAGAAAAGAAGUUUGAUAAAUUAUUGUGACUUCUAGUA